AUGGUGGGGGAGAUGGAGGGGAAAGAGAAGCCAAGGCCCGGUGGUCCAGAUUAUCUGAUGCAGUUGAUGAACGAUAAGAAGCUGCUGAGCAGUCUUCCCAACAUCUGCGGGAUCUUCCAACAUAUGGAGAGACUUCUGGACGAGGAGAUCAGCCGCGUGAGGAACAACAUGUACGUCAACACUCUGAACGGGUCAGACAGAACCGGCGAGCUGCCCGACGCCGUCGGCCCGGUUGUCCAGCUGCAGGAGAAACUCUACGUCCCGACCAAGGAGCACCCCGAGUUUAACUUUGUCGGGAGGAUCCUGGGUCCUCGCGGUCUGACGGCGAAGCAGCUGGAGGCAGAGACAGGAUGUAAGAUCAUGGUGAGAGGGCGGGGCUCCAUGAGAGACAGGAAGAAGGAGGAGCAGAAUCGAGGUAAGCCUAACUGGGAGCAUCUGAAUGAGGACCUCCAUGUCCUAAUCACGGUGGAAGACGCUCAGAAUCGCGCCGAGAUCAAACUCAGACGCGCCACGGAGGAAGUCAACAAGCUGCUGGUGCCUGCCGCGGAGGGGGAGGACAGUCUGAAGAAGAUGCAGCUGAUGGAGUUAGCCAUCCUGAACGGGACGUACCGAGACGCUAACAUCAAGCCCUCAUCCAAUCAGAGUCCUCGUGUUGUCUCUUGCCACGCCCCCAUGCUGCCCGCCGCCAUGCGCCCCCCUGCCCCCACAGGCCCCGCCCUGAUGCCUCUGAUUCGUCAGAUUCAGACGGUGCUGCCCAAUGGGACGCCAGUGCUGCAGGGGGCGGGGCCUGAGUCUGGGCUGAUCUACGCCACGCCGUACGACUACCCGUACGCCCUGGCGACGCCGGCGUCCAUCUUGGAGUACCCGCUGGACUCUGGGGGGGUGUUGGGUAAGCCGCCCCCUGCUCCUGUGACUGCUCCCCCACGCCACACCACCACCACCAGUGGAGCCCGGCCCCCACCCUGCUCCUCAGACAUGCCUCCUGAAGCCUGGAGGACACCCCCCCCGCGCUGGCAGUUCAGAACUCUAAAGAUGGCCGCCUCGUUCACAGUUAAGAACUCUAAAGAUGGCCGUAUAAGGAUUAUUGACCGGACACCAGAUCUAUUUUAG